GAGUGAGGAAGAUGACACCGCGGAAAAGAUCGAAGAGGUCAAGGAGUAUCAAUCCGAGCAGACGGAGAAAAAUAUCAAUCGCGCUGAAUGCGGCGUCAAUUACGCGCAGGGUGUCUUGUUCAUCGGCCGGGCGGCCCUUGAGCUGAACGGCGUCUUCCAUCACUGCCAGGACCAGACGGAUCACUUCGAGCAGCUCCGGUGUGGCGCCAACGCCCAGGGAGCGCUUGCGGCCUUUGCAGUGACCAGUCAUGUCUUCGCAGAUGCCACUGCUCAGUGCAUGGAGAGCUAUGGUAAGGACUAUGUGGAGGCCUUCUGUGCGGGCGCAAUCAGUCAGAUCCUCCACGCCACAACGGAGCUCACCGCGGCUUUGACGCUGCUGGCGGAUGCUUGUGUGAUGACUGCCGGGCUCUACCCCUACGGCCGCAAGAAGGACU